ACGACGACGACAACACAAACAUCGCCAUCAUCAUCAUCAUCAUAAUCGUCACCACACCCACCAAAAGGACUCUGCACGACAACACCACCAACACCACCACGCACUAUUCUUCUAGCGUCGCCCACCUUUUGCCACAAUUUGACUUUUCUGGCCACCAAGUUCGUGCCUUGGAGCUGCAGCGUGCAUAUGCAAGGACGCCGUCUUUGACUCAGCCUACGCAACCCGGCCAAUCGUAGCUUGUUUUUCCUCUGAGCUCACGCGCAUUCUUUCUGUCACAAUUUUGCUGCAGCUCUGGAUUGUAGCCAGCUGGGAGGGAACCGGUCGCGACACGCUAUUGCUCGCUCCUACGACCAUCUAUUGCGCUGUCGCAUUGAUCUACCAUUGCUCCCAAUCGAUACAAUGCAGACGCGACGCAAGAGCCUGAAUCUUGGUGACCUCGGAAUCGUUGCUGCGAAGCGGUCGCGGACCCAGGCUCCCACGCCGCCGGAAACCGUGAUCGAGGGCGAAGAGCCACCGGUAAAGAAGCCAAAGCGGUCGCAUGGCUCUACAUCACCCACCUUGGGACUGAUGAGCCCACCACGGACGACAUCGAUACGUUGCAAAGAAGAGCGACCGCGACGCGCCACCGAAUUGUCGCCCCCACCUUCGCCUGUCACAGAGGGUAGCAGCAAGAUCGAUACGGAAGGCAUCAACGACGAUAUCGUGGUCGGGACUAUACAACAGAUUGAGAAGACGGGCAACAGACCGCAUCUGGUCAAGGAGCUGGCUGCAAUACUUGCGACCAAGCUGCACUGUGUGGAGAAAUCAGCCAACCCGUCAGCAUUGAUCUCGUCGCGACUCACUGCAUAUCUCCACCGAACAUGGCCUACGGUCAGCCCAUGUCCGCUCACAAAGGACCUCUCGCCCGUCCAUCCUCGAAGACUAUACUUUUAUCUCACCACUACGCCUCAUCAGCCCAUUCCGGACACUGUUGAACAGGUGCCCAAACCAAAUCGCACCAUCUCACCUUCCAUAUCAUCUGCUUCUGCCGCAGACAUGGAAGAUCGUUUCACCAGGGAGCGGCAAUCACUCUCUCCCGAGGUCGAUCUUUCGUCGCCUGAGCUCGACGAAGAUACGGGAGCAGAUCCGCGAGCGCCGGGCGGAUCAUAUUCGGCACGAAGCUCCAUGUCGCGUGAUCGAGCAAGCUUUGCGCACAGCAGACGUAAUGCGAGCCCACCCCUGGAGACCGAAGAGCGGGACUUCAAACAGACAGCCAGCGCUCUCUACGAGGAAGCGCUCAAACGACGAAACAGCCAACAGAGCCAACAGGAUGUCAACAUGGAUUCGCAAGAUGCAUCACCAGGAGCAGAAGAUAUGGACAGCGUGACCAUGUCUGUGGAAGAAGACGAGACCGAGGAGACUGCAGCAAUGAAGAAUUCUGCAUUCGCAAUGGAGUUGUUUGGCGCAUCUGUGCCUUCCCAGCACGGAAUGGAUCUGAGCAGCCCAGUACUCGGACCCCAGAACAAUCAUGCACUGGGCCGCCACGAGGAGCGCAUGAAGCUGGAUCUCAGUGGCAAAGAACAUCUUCUCGCCCUUCCCGAAGCCGCCCUCAUGUGGGAGGGCUUACAGAGUCCAGAAGACAUUGAGCUCUCGGAAUUGGACGAUAUGCUCAACGCAUAUUAGGGGUUGCACACUUGAUUGGGCCGCUUCAGGACUUGAUGUAUUAUUACGAAACCAUAACAUUGUACGCUGGUGUGGGGAGAGUAGGUAUUGUGACAGUAGAACUGGAGCGCAAGCUUUGGGGGUUUUAGGUUGUGACAAUGUUUCAGCAGUCCAAGGCGUUGUAUAACUAUGCUACGACUUCUGUGACGACUGCAGGGAAUUAAAGUAUCAAUGAGUCUGCUGGCAGGACUGGGCACUUGAUUAAAAGAUAUAAGAUACGAUACAAGAGAGGAUCGAGAGAUCUUAAUCCGCUUUUUCUCUCCCAAGUCGUGCGCUGAGGAGCGGUGCUUGGACAUUCUCUUAACGUUCGCCUUCGCUUCAUGGUUCUGUCUACAUCGAGGCACCGUCCUUCACGACCAAUAUGCUUUUGUGAUUAGACUUGGAUCAAUAUAGAACGAGAC